GGGAAAUUUGCGUUCCGUCUCGCACUCUGCCGCGGUGGCCAACAAUUUCUAGAGCAAGUGUUACCGAGAGAAAAACUACAAGAAGGUUUUCCUGUUUUGAUAUUUUUUAAGCUGACUACAACAUCUGUGCUACGUGUGGUGUGCUCCUGCACCAUUGCUUUGCCGCGGUACUAGGACACGCUUACGCUGAUUUACGCUGGAGAUUAUCGUUUUCGAUGUUCGGAGUGAAAAUAGAAAAGAGAAACGGCCAAUGUCACCCAAUCGUUUGAGGUGGCACAAGUGUAGCGCACCUCCCAAUCCAUGAAAGGGGAAAACACAGUGCUUUUAACCUCUAGUGUAAUGACCAGAUCAGAUUUCUUUUAUCGUAAGGACGCAUAAAGCUCGCAUUCCGCUACACCGUGGGUGACACAUUCCUUUGCGUAACCCUUCGGCCACAUUGCCAUUUGGCUGGCCCCAAACGAAACCCCAUCGCUUCCGACAGAAGUACCACCGAUUCGAGACUGCUCGCUCCAACCGUCGUGCCUCCCCGCUGAUUGUUGCUCCUCCGCUCCUUCAACGGAGAAGAGUGUUCUAUCAGGAAGCCAAAAAAAAGGAAUACACCGAUACCGAAAAUGACAUCAUCGGCGGAACUAGAAACCUUGCGGUCCGAAAUCGAGCGUCUAACGCGAGAGCUGGAUCAGGUGAGCAGCGAAAAUAUUCAAUCUGCCAAAUACGGUCUAGGAUUGUUGGAGGAAAAGCAGAACUUGCAAGUGAAAUGCGAAGAACUGGAGUCGCUGUACGAGAACACCAAACAUGAGCUCGACAUUACACAAGAGGCUUUACAAAAAUUUCAAAAAACCCAACAAGUCACCACCAAAUCGGGCAUCGAGCAAGAAGAUGCAUUGCUCAACGAGUCGGCCGCGAUGGAAACAUCCCUCAACAUGCAGAUUGUGGAGCUGGAAAAUGAAACCAAACAGCUACGCCACGAACUAGAUCGUGUGACAAGUGAACGUGAUCGCAUGCUGCAGGAAAAUGCCGAAAUCGGGCGCGACAAGUCCGGUACGGAAGCAGAACGGGCACGGCUUAAAGCUGAGCUGAAGGAUAUGAAAUAUCGCGAAGCUCGCAUGCUGGCCGAUUACUCGGAGCUAGAGGAGGAAAACAUUUCCCUCCAAAAGCAGGUGUCCAGUUUGCGAAGCUCCCAGGUGGAAUUCGAAGGCGCUAAGCACGAAAUCCGGAGGCUGACAGAGGAAAUCGAGCUGCUGAAUUCACAGGUGGAGGAGUUGGCUAGUCUUAAGAAAAUUGCUGAGAAACAAAUGGAAGAUGCCUUGACUGCACUACAAGUUGAAAGAGAGAAUAAAUACGCUUUGAAGAAAGAGCUUGAUACACAUAUCAACCGUGAAUCAAUGUACAAUAUUAGUAAUCUGGCAUAUAGUAUACGUAGUAUGGAAGAGAAUGCCCUGAACAGCAGCGAUUGCGAAGAGGAAAUUCCAGCACUGAGAGACUCCACCCUGAAAAGAUUGGAAGCAACCCUUGAAGCAGAAACUGCGGACCUGAAAUCACCCGAUGGCACAAAGGGCGAUCUAUUCUCGGAGAUUCAUCUGAAUGAGCUUAAAAAACUCGAAAAGCAGCUGGAAACAAUGGAAACUGAAAAGUUAUGCCUGACCGCAAAUCUUCGUGAUGCCCAGCAGAAUCUUGACAAAAGCCAAAACGACUUGCAAAACUUUAUGGCUAAGCUGAUGUUACUGGCAGCACACGUUGAUGCGCUUCAUACGCUCAAGAAACAAAUUCAAAUUGAGGAAAAUAUAACCGUAUCUACAGCAAAGGACAAGGAUGUGAAUGAUAAAUUGAAUGAAGCUAUCAUGCAAUACUCGAGCUGGUUCACCUUAAGCUCGAAGGAAAUAGAUACUCUCAAAGCUGACCUGGCUGAAUUGCAGAAGGGCUUGAACUGUUCUGACGCAAUGACUGUACUGCGCAAUGAAAUAACAAAUCUCAAGAACAAGCUGUUGUCUGUUGAACAGAAAUCAUUGGAUUUGCAUAGUGACAUCCAGGUACUUACGACACUCUCACAAACAGCGGGCCAGAGCUUGAACACGACGCGAACUAAUUUAGUUGCACUAAGCGACGACCUGGCCCAGUUGUACCACCUGGUGUGCACGGUAAAUGGUGAAACUCCAAAUCGUGUACUGUUGGACCACAAGAACGACGACUUAAGCUUCGAGAACGAUUCCUUAACGGCAAUUCAAUCACAGCUGAAAUCCGACAUUCUUACAUCCAAGCCUCAUGUUUUUGAGGACCUGCAAGCACUCAGCGAUGCUGUCGAGAUUCGCAAGUACGUUGACACUGUGAGCGAUCAAAUUCGGUACCUCAAGACAGCCGUCGAACAUACGAUCGAGCUGAACAAGGAUAAGGUGGUGACCGAUUCCUCCGCUACAUCCUCGGGCGAUGUAAAGGAGGCAAAGGAAGAAAUAGCAGAUCUGCACGAACAAAUCAUCAAAUUGCGCAGCUUGCUGUCGACGAAACGCGAGCAGAUCGCAACGCUGCGCACCGUGCUCAAGUCGAAUAAGAACACCGCCGAGGUGGCGCUGACAAAUCUUAAAUCCAAGUACGAAAACGAAAAGUUGGUCGUCAGCGAUACGAUGUCAAAGUUGCGAAACGAGCUGCGCAUCUUGAAGGAAGAUGCGGCCACAUUUUCAAGUCUCCGCGCUAUGUUUGCGGCUCGCUGCGAGGAGUAUGUCACUCAGGUUGACGAACUCACGCAUCAGCUUGCGGCGGCUGAGGAGGAGAAGAAAACGCUUAAUCAGCUACUUCGAUUGGCUGUGCAGCAGAAACUAGGACUGACGCAAAAGCUCGAGGAGCUUGAGAUGGACCGUGAAAUGCGCCAUGUGCGCCGGCCGGCAGCUUCGCAGCGCGGCGGUGGUGGAGGUGGCGGCAAGUCGGCCUUCUCUCGUGGGCAGCCGGCCCGGAACAGCCUUCAGAAUCCGAACAGCAACAGCAAUAGUAACAAUCCGAACCAAGCUUUCUUCUAACAUAAGGUGAGCGUACAGCGUAAAAUUCUAGCGUUCCUUUACACACUUCUUAAGCUGUAAAGGGGGAAGCGCUAGAGGAAAGAGUUUGUAGUUUUAGUUAAUACAAAGUGGCGGGACGAAUAACAACCAAAAAUUAUCACCAUCAUAUGUGAAUCUUUCAUCGAUCUCCCGUGUGUUAUUGAGUUGGUUGUGCAUUGUUUUACGCUCUUUUUCUUUGCAAAAGAUUAGAAAAACGGAGAGCUAUGACUAGGUGGUCCGUCCCACCAUUUAAAUUGUAUAAUCAAAUUCCCACAUGGAACGUAACUGACCAGCAGUGAGCAACACUGUUUGAAAAAGAAAACCAUAUUUCCAUCCAUUAAUGAAACGAACGAGAAAUGAAAAUAGUUGCAAUUUAUAAACUCGUUGUAAAACGUACUGAUCAGCGUUUGGACGAAUGUCGAAGCAAAAAAAAAACACACAGUAUGUCCAGUUAGCCUGUGUGAAAGUCCGAAGAACACAAAUGAACGCGCAAGAGAUAUAUUUAUUUUCACCGAUAGUGGCAGCUACAAUAGUGUUGAAGGAAUUAUUGUAACUAGAUGACUAGCUGAACGAACGAACGUGGCAGCGGUUCACCGAAGAACACACAGACAGAUGACUGAUCGAUAAAAGAACUCUGAUGAAGGUAUGGUUCGUUUAUUACACUAUCUAUCGAUUAUUAGAAAUUGAUAACAACACAGUUUAGCAACUUAAAAUGUUGAAUGGUGUUGGUGGUUGUGGCUUGCAUACCGAAUGAUUAUGGUAACACAAAUGUUGCUACCACAUCUAUUUCAAACAGGUAUAGAUAGAAAUUAUUUAUGAAUUCUCGAGCAAAUACCAAUACGGUUAUGAGCCCGUUAUCUAAUAAUUUACUGCGAUGAUGAUGAUAGUGCGAAUGUGCUACAAACAUAAUGUUCUUUUCUGAAACAACGUUCUAAUGUCACUUACAGUUCGUGACAAGAGAGACCUUUUUGUUUAUCGGUUGUAUUGAUGGUAUGGAAAAAAGCACACAAAAUUUGGACCAACAUUUUUAUGGCAACUUUCCACACGUUCCUGAUGACUAGAAGCAUCAACGUAUUUUACAACAUAUUUACUUGCCGAUGCUGCCAGAAACAUUUGCAAUGAAAAGAAAAGCAUCUACGACGUCAUAAAACAGUCAGCUAUUUGUCUUGCUAUCGGAGUGCAAUGUGAUUUCAUUGGCAAUAAGAAUGUUUCGUUGUAUUGUCGGCACCGCUGCAUCUUACAUUGGUGGCUGUAGUAGAAGGAUGAUUAAUAGUAAAUUCCUAGAAGUAGGAAUUAGCACACAUCAGUAACUAGCAGUGCGCAACAUUUUAUAGUCUAUUAGGACGUCUUCCCUUUGCGUUCCAAAGUCAGUACGAAACAUGAUUAUCAGUAGUGUGUUAAACAUUAGACAGCUCUAAUGAGGGAAAAGUAAUAGAAGAACAAUAUGUUCAUUGGUUCAUAGCAACUAACAAUUAUCUGUCCAAAAUAGUGCAGGUUAGAUUUUGAAAUUUGUGAUUUUUUUGUCAGUUAAGAUACACGAAAUAUAGCACCAGACUCAAAUCGAGCAAGUGAGGCAAUAUGUCAGCAGUGUCAAAAAUAAUGAUAGCAAAACGAAUGAAUGAGAACACAAUAGGAGUUUCGUCGAUGUAAUCCUACGAAAGCAUGUCCUCAUUGAAAAAAAAUCUUCUAAUCGUCCAAAAUUUAUUAUUAGAAUGUUAUUAUAUCCUUUGAUUAAUCCAUUUGCCAAUAUUUUUGAGAAGAAACAGGUUAUGUGAAUAAUAAAGAUAUUAUAGCAUCAACUCUA